GUGCACUCGUUUUUUUUUUUGUUGAAUCUAGUUUUACACACUUGCGAUGUCGGAACAACAACUCGAUUGCGCGCUCGACCUGAUGCGACGCCUGCCCCCGCAGAACAUUGAGGAGAACUUGGCUGGUCUUAUCGAUCUCGCCCCGUCUCUCUGCGAGGACUUGCUGUCGUCCAUCGAUCAGCCUCUUAAGAUUGCCAAGGACAAGGAGAGCGGUCGCGACUACUUGUUGUGCGAUUACAACCGUGACGGUGAUUCGUACCGCUCGCCGUGGUCGAACAAGUACGACCCUCCGAUCUCUGACGGCACCACUCCCUCCGCCAAGCUCCGCAAGCUCGAGGUUGAGGCCAACACUGCCUUCGACACGUACCGCGAAAUGUACUUUGAGGGCGGCGUUUCGUCCGUGUACCUUUGGGAUCUCCCCGAGGGCUUUGCCGGUGUCAUUCUGAUCAAGAAGGUCGGCGACGGCUCGCGCAAGAUCAAGGGCAGCUGGGAUGCCAUCCACGUCGUGGAGGUCACCGAGAAGAGCGGCGGCCAGUCCACCUACAAGCUGACCUCGACCGUCAUGCUUUGGCUCCAAACCAGCAAGGCUGGCUCUGGCAUCAUGAACCUUGGUGGCAGCAUGACCCGACAGGCCGAAAACACGGUCACCGUCACCGACGCUGCUCCCCACAUUGCCAACAUUGGCCACAUGGUUGAGGAUAUGGAGUUGUCGAUGCGUUCCACCCUGAACGAAAUCUACUUUGGCAAGACCAAGGAUAUUGUCAACGAUCUCCGAGCUGUUAGCGGUCUGGCAGACAAGAAGAAGAUGGUCGACAUGCAGAAGGAGAUUGCCAACACUCUUAAGAAGCGAGCGGCAAAGAACUAGACGUUUUUCGGUUGUCACUCUCUCCCGCCGCCUUUUUUUUGUGUGUUUUGCUGCUUGAACAAUCUGUUUCUUCUCUCCCCUCACUCCCCCUCUUAAUGUGAACGUGCAUACUUGCGCUCGAGCGCGCUUGUGAAUCUUUUUUUCUUGUGUUUUAUCAAUGUCGUGUACGUUGUCUGCAAUUUUUUCUUGUGAAUUUCUUUUUUUUUUCCCACCCCAACUCCAACCCUUUUCUUUUCCAUGAAAUUUUUUCCCAAAGUGCAAUGACAGUGUGAGUUCCUAUAAAGCGCCAAAC